CGCAAAAUUAAUACAAUAAAAACUCUCCGACGAUAAAACCUAAUUAACAAGAAGAAGAAAUCGCUUUUCUCUCUAACCGAGUCCUCUAAAAAUCCAGAAAGCAAGCAAGAAGAGAGUUUCGAUGGCUACGACGAUAAGAACCGGCGGUUACUACUCUACUCACCAAGAGUACUCUAUCGAUGUCUUCGGAAACACGUUAUCCGUCACCGUAACUUCGGAUUUCGCCAUCAUCAGCCAAUGGAUCCAUGAGGUUGAAUACAACAACUGUCGUCCGUACUAUCUACAACCUCUCGUCGUUGGAGUCGGCGUCCAGUGGACACCGCCAGUAAGUUACGACGCCAAUCCUCCACCGGAUAGGUACUACUCCGAUCAUCAUCCACCGCGUAGUUACGAUCCUAAUCCUCCACCGAAUAGGUACUACUCGGAUCAUCAUCCACCGCAUCCUCCGGCGGAUACUCUCCAGUUAUGCGUGGGUAACCAAUGUCUCAUCAUCCAGUUAUGUCACUGUGACCAAGUCCCUACCAGUCUGCGCAGUUUCUUGACCGAUCCAAAUACCACGUUCGUCGGCGUUUGGAAUAGUCAAGACGCAGGAAAGCUGGCGAGAUCUAAACAUCAGUUAGAGAUCGGGAAACUUCUAGACAUAAGGACUGAGGCUAGAUCCUGCGAUAAGCAUGAGUGA